AGAUAAAAUAAUAAGAAGAAUUAGAAAAAAAAAUAAUGAAAAAACGAUAAAAAUAAGAAGAUAAAAAAAGAUUGGAAGAAUUUAAUAAAAAACUAUAAGAAGAAGAUAAAAAAAGAUAGGAAGAAUUUAAUAAAAAACUAGAAGAAGAUAAAAAAAGAUAGGAAGAAUUGAUUAAAAAACUAUAAGAAGAAGAUAAAAAAAGAUAGGAAGAAUUGACUAAGAAAGAAAAAGAAUCGAUUAAAAGUAAAAUCGAAGAAUUAUUUGUGCAACUUGAUCAAUUAGAAGAAAGCUUUCGUAUUUAAAAUAAGAAAAGUUAUAUCUUUACCUAUAAGUGUACAACCUCAGAAGAAUAAUAAGCAUAUAAUCUAAAAACUAAUAUAUAACACGCUUGUUAAUCAGUGCUAAUUUCAGAAUAAAUAUACAGAGAAAGGUUAGACUCACUGACCAGACUUAUAUCAAAAUAUAAAUGA